AUGUCCGACGAUGAAGAUAUGAUGUAUGAUGAUGAUGAAUAUUUUGAUGAUGAUGAAGAUCAAGAUCAAAAUGAUAGUGAAUCAGAGGGUGUAGAAAUUGAAAAUCAAUAUUACAACUCAAAAGGUUUAAUUGAUGAAUCAAUUCCAGAUGCAAUUAAAAGUUAUGAAAAAGUUGUUGAUUUAGAAAAUGGUGAAAAGGGUGAAUGGGGUUUCAAAGCAUUGAAAAAGAUAACAAAAUUAUAUUUCCGUAUUGGAGAUUUCGAUAAUAUGUUGGAAAGUUUUAAAAAAUUCCUUCCAUACACUAAAUCAUCGGCAAGUAGUAAUUAUAUUGAAAAGGGUAUCAAUUCAGUUUUAGAUAUGGUUUCUUCAAGUAAUACAAUUGAAUUAGAUAUGAUUCAAAAAGUUUUCGAUUUAACUUUAAAAUCAUUAUUGGAUACUAAAAAUGAGAGAGUUUGGUUUAGAACAAAUCUUAAAUUAGCAAAAUUAUUAUUUGAAAAAGCAGAAUAUGGUCGUUUAGCAAAGAUUUUAAGAGAUUUACAUAAAUCAUGUGAAUUAGAGGAUGGUACUGAUGAUCAAAAGAAAGGUAGUCAAUUGGUUGAUAUUUAUGCUUUAGAGAUUCAAAUGUAUACAGAAACCAAAAACAAUAAGAAAUUAAAAGAUUUGUAUAAAAAAGCACUUGAAAUCAAGAGUGCCAUUCCUCAUCCACGUAUUAUGGGUAUCAUUAGAGAAUGUGGUGGUAAAAUGCACAUGGCUGAAAAAGAAUGGGAAAAAGCACAUACAGACUUUUUUGAAGCUUUCAAAAAUUAUGAUGAAGCUGGUAACUCUAGAAGAAUUCAAUGUCUUAAAUAUUUAGUUUUAGCAUGUAUGUUAAUGCUUUCAACUAUUAAUCCAUUUGAUUCAACUGAAGCAAAACCAUAUAAAAAUGAUCCAGAUAUUUUAGCAAUGACAAAUUUAGUUAUGGCUUAUGAAAAGAAUGAUAUUUAUGCAUUUGAAAAGAUCUUAAAAGAUAAUCGUAAAACUAUUAUGGAUGAUCCAUUCAUUAGAAUGUACAUUGAAGAUUUAUUAAGAAACAUUAGAACUCAAGUCCUUUUGAAACUUUUGAAACCAUACACUAGAAUUAGAAUUUCAUUCAUCUCUAAAGAAUUGAAUAUUCCAUCCAGUGAUGUAGAGUCUCUUUUAGUUUCUUUGAUCCUUGAUAAUAAGAUUAGAGGUUCAAUUGAUCAAGUAAAUCAACAGUUAGAACUUGAUACUGCUAAAUCUUCUGCUUAUUGGAAAUAUACUUCAAUUCAUAAAUGGGCAAAUCAAAUCGGUCAACUUAAUGGUGGUAUAAAUAAUAAAUUAGUUUCUUAA